CAUGAGCGCACCAUCCUCCUGGCCUGUGCUCCAGGAUCAGACGAGGAUCCUUAUGCGUACGGAGCUCCUCUUUGUCCAGAGGGGUGAUCCAGGCCGGGAACAUGUUCGUGUUGGGUCAUGUUUCCUCGUGUCGUCCACUUCCAGCUCAACGUUGGGAAGGAGGAAGCUGUGGGGAUCGCCACGUUUAACAGCCAGAAUCCGGGGACUUCGAGGUUGCAAAGGCGGUCUUUGCUUCCAGGGCGGACGUGAGCGACGAUGUAAUUACCAAGGCGUUCCAAGUCUCGGAUCCCGAGCUUGUGAGCGAGCCCAGGAAACUCAUCAAGUAGACUUAAAGGAACUUUCCUUCUUAGGAGUGAUCUUAGAUAUGAUUGUCUGGAAACAAAAACAUUCACAAACAGAAGUACCUGUGUUAAAACGCUCUCACCUAAGCAGCAAAGCUUGCUUCAGGAUUGGAAGCUGGGCCGUGUUGCAAACAACGAAUAAAAUAUGCAGAAUCUUUCAAGGCUACCUUUGCUUUAGCACAGACGUAGAAGCCACGGCCAAGAUUGGGACCAGCCUUCGUAACUGUUCUCACGACACAAGGCUCACCGUGUCCCUUGCACAAUGGAAGAUUUCGCUCUGCCCAUGCACUGCGACCUCUGUGCAGCUCAUCUUGUCAGAAGAUUCAUGCCUUUGAUAGCAAAACCCUGUCAAUCUGCUU